CCAAUUUUUAAAACAAAAAAAUGACGGUUAGAUGGACUUCCGAACAAAAUUUAAAAUUUGUGGAGUUAUACAAAGAUCAAACAAAUUUAUGGAAUUGUUUAGAUCCUAGUUAUAAAAACAGAGAUUUACGUAAAGCCUCGCUUGAACACAUUCGCAAUGAAUUGGGUUUAACUGACACGAAUGAAGUUACUAAAAAAAUCAAAAAUUUACGUUCAACGUAUAACCAGGAAGUAUUGAAAAUUGAGAAGAGUAAAAAAAGUGGAAGUGGCACUGAUGAGGUAUAUAAACCAUCCAUCAAAUGGUUCGAUUCCAUGGAUUACAUUAUGAAAAUAAUAAAUUAG